GGUGGGGCUCAACUGUUUCUGCUCUGAUGAUUUCUCAAGCGUCCGGUGAAGCAAGCGGCGGAGCGUCCCCGCGGCAAGGGAUGGCGGCGUGGGCGGAGCAGCUGCAGCGCGAGCUCGCCGGCCGCGGCCUCGCCGUCGCCUCCGUUCCAGGGAAGGGCCGCGGCCUCGUCGCCUCCCGCAGCUUCUUCCCCGGGGAGGUCAUUAUUUGCCAAGAACCCUAUGCUUCUACGCCCAACAGGAUUUCGGUUGGAUCGAGCUGCGACCACUGCUUCGCCUCCGGCAACCUGAGGAAGUGCUCGGUUUGUCGAGUAGCUUGGUACUGUGGGAGCGUGUGCCAGAAAGAAGAAUGGAAGCUGCAUCAACUUGAGUGUCAAGCCAUCUCAGCGCUGACAGAGGAAAGGAAGAAGAUGCUUACUCCUACAAUCUGUUUGAUGGUGAAGCUUAUACUAAGAAGAAAACUGCAAAGCGAGAAGGCCAUUCCAUCUUCAGCAACAGAUAACUACGAUCUAGUGGAUGCGUUGGAGUCCCACAUCUCGAAGGUUGAUGAUAAUCAAUUGGUCCUCUAUGCUCAGAUGGCCAAUCUUGUGCAGCUGAUUCUCCCUUCAAUUGAACUUGAUCUUAAGGAAAUUGCACAUACUUUUUCUAAGUUCGCCUGCAAUGCUCAUACCAUAUGUGAUCCUGAACUGAGGCCCCUUGGGACUGGACUGUUUCCUGCUAUAUCAAUUAUUAACCACAGUUGUGUACCAAAUGCAGUUUUGCUUUUUGAGGGUCGGACUGCAUAUGUACGCGCGUUGCAACCCUUGAGUAGCUAUACUGAGGUAUCAAUAAGUUACAUCGAAACUGCAGCAACCACUUUGAAGAGACACAAUGAUCUCAAGCAGUACUUCUUCACCUGCACAUGUACCCGAUGUAUUAAGGAUUCUGAGGAAGAUGCUCUCCUGGAGGGAUACAGAUGCAAGGACCAAAAGUGUGAUGGCUUUCUGCUGCCUGACUCGGGAAAGAAGGCUUAUGCAUGCCAGAAAUGUAGCAUUUCUAGAGAUGAAGAAGAGGUAAAGAAGGUGUCAAGUGAAAUAUUACUGUUGUCUGACAAAGCUUCUUCGUUUCUUUCAUCUGGAAAUAAUAGUGAAGCAGGUUCAGUGUACAAGAUCAUUGAGCAGUUAGAACAGCAGCAUUACCAUUCUUUCUCGAUCACUUUGCUUCACACACGUGAAACACUCCUGAAGAUAUAUAUGGAGUUGCAAGAUUGGCAGACUGCAUUGAUGUAUUGCAGAAUGACUAUUCCAGUUUAUGAAAGAGUUUACCCACCUUUUCAUCCAAUGGUCGGACUGCAAUUCUAUACUUGCGGAAAGCUCGAAUGGUUGCUUGAGUACACGGAGGACGCUCUGAAAUCAUUAACUAGGGCAGCAGAUGUACUUCGGAUAACACACGGCACACAAUCCCAGUUCAUGAAAGAGCUAUUUGGUAAGCUGGAGGAGGCGAGGGCUGAAGUUUCAUUUAGGCUAUCGUCUGGAGACGAGCAAAUUUUAUGAGAAGACGCAACUCACCGUGAUGACAAAUAGGGAUUGUCGAUCAUGCCUGAAGAUAAUACAGAGGAUGCUGUGGUCACGAUGAGAUUGAAAUCUGAGGUUUCGUCGAGGGAGGGUGAUGGGGACAAGGGUGGUUAAACGGAUCGCAUAGACACGCUCUACAAACAGCAUGCCUUUGUCUGAUGUAACGUUGAUGAUGUGUUGAGUUCAAUGAUGUAGCAUUAUUAGUUCCGUGGUUUCUUCUUUGGGCAUUUCUCCUAUCCAGAAGCUUGACUUUUUGUCCAUAAGACCAUAACUAAAUCCGUCA